CGAAGCGGCUGCAUCGAAAAGGAAACAAAAACAGCAACAUCCCCACGAACUUCAAGAUGACUAUUCAAAUGUCUUUUAACUUACUAGGGUUAGCCCUUUUAUGUGUAAUAGUCUCCAUGUCUUCGCGAAUCUCUGAGGAAAUCCAAAAGGGCGUUUUACUUACAACUACGGUUCGACUACUACACUUGAUUUCCUUCGGAACCUGGUUCGGGAUGCAGUUUUGGGUGACAUUCAUUGCUGGUUACAAGAUGUACUUCACCCUGACGAGACACACCUUCGGUAACUUACAAAGCCAGCUUUUUCCCGUUUAUUUCACUGUGGGCUCCUGUUUAUCUACUGUUGCUUUGGCAACAUACUAUCUUAUGCAUCCAGUACAGAUGUGGACUGGAGACGAAAAACUUCAGGUAUCAGGCCUGGCUGUUUCAAUGUUAGCUACGUUGAUAAACAAGUUCUUCCUGGAGCCUAAAACCACAGCUAUGAUGCUAAAAAGGUACGCUUACGAGAAGGAGCACGGAUAUGGUGACGACAUUGGGCCCAUCAAAGAUAAGGCCUUCAAGACGGAUGAAACUUACUUGAGGAUGACCCAUGAGUUCAGUAUGGCCCAUGGCUUUACAGCAAUGACAAAUAUUCUAGCAUAUACUGGCAGUAUUCUACAUGUGUGGCUCCUGGCCAAAAAUGAAGUUUUGGUAAUUUAAAACAUUUUCUCUGCCACAAAUUGGAGUCAAAAUUGGCUAAUUUUUAAAGAAGCAAAUUCUAGGAAUCUUGGUUGCGAAGUCAGACACUGUAUUUUUUCUAAUUGAUCACACCAUAAGAUAUGUCUAUGAAAUGGUUUUAACUUGUAGCGUGUUUAGCGCAUGUUGAGAUAAACGUGCGCAAGUACACGAGCCCAUAACAACGUAACGUAGCGGUCAAACGUCGAGCAUGUGCUAGGGCAUUAAUUCUGGCCACCGACAGCUACUUUCCCGCGCAAAAUUUUAAAGGAAAACUUAAGAAACAGCUGCUACCUGGCAAAUAAGCGAAGAAAAUUAAAACAUUCAUAGAAGUCUGUUAAAUUCAGAAGUGAGCAAUUAUUCACCGAUUCUACUAUUUAUUCUGGUUUAGAGAUAUUGAGGAACUCAUUCUCUUUUUUUUUUCUCUUUUCAAUUUUUCUAUGUCGAAUACUUAAGCUGCUUCGUAAGGGUAUUGAGGAAUUUAUUUUAAAUAUCAUUUCUCUUUUUAA